UGGACUUUCCCCAAACUGAGUAACUCCCCAACCCCCGUCUCUUCCACGCUGCGCCGCACCAUUUCCCUUCUAUUCGGUAGUGUAACAAAGUCUGAGUUUUAGACAGAUCUGGGUCGCAGCACCAUUCCUUCAUUGCAGCAGCUUGUGUUUUUUCGUAGUAGCACCAGUCUGUCGCAGGAGCACCAGUCGAAGCCCUCUGCUUUUAGGGGGCCGCCGUCCUUCAACCACAUCCUCCCUGAGUUUCGAAUCAAAGGCUUAUCUAUUACCGAAUUAGAGUCUGUCACUGUAGCUGCCUUCCUCUAUACGUCUUCGGCUUUCAGGGUUUUCACUCUUGAGAAAUUUGAUCAGCAAUAGAAGCAAAAUGCAGGCAUCUAGGGCAAGGCUUUUCAAGGAGUACAAAGAGGUGCAGCGGGAAAAAAUUGCUGAUCCAGAUAUUCAAUUAGUUUGUGAUGAUUCCAACAUAUUCAAAUGGACUGCUCUUAUCAAGGGCCCGUCAGAGACUCCCUAUGAGGGUGGCAUCUUCCAGCUUGCUUUUGCUGUUCCUGAGCAGUAUCCUUUGCAACCUCCUCAAGUGAGGUUCUUAACAAAAAUUUUUCAUCCAAACGUUCAUUUUAAGACGGGAGAGAUUUGCCUUGAUAUUUUGAAGAAUGCAUGGAGCCCCGCUUGGACACUCCAAUCUGUUUGUAGGGCUAUUAUUGCUUUGAUGGCCCACCCAGAACCUGAUAGCCCAUUAAAUUGUGAUUCAGGUAACCUUUUGCGUUCCGGUGAUAUUAGAGGGUACCAAUCCAUGGCAAGGAUGUAUACUAGGCUUGCAGCCAUGCCCAAGAAAGGCUGAAUUGGUUAGUUUUGAUGAUCGUGUGACAGGGAAGCUCAAGGCAUUUGCAAGUCGAGCUAACAUUGUUCAUAUUGGCAUUGAUCUGGAAGAGAUUGGGAAGAAUAAGUAGCCCCAUGUGUCCCUAUGCACUGAUGUGAGGUUGGCAUUGGAGGGGAUGAAUCGGAUGUUGAGCUCAAGCUUGAUUUUUCGGCUUGGAGGGAGGAGUUAAAAGAGCAUAAAGUGAAAUAUCCAUUUGAGUUUUAAGACCUUUGGAGAAGCUAUUCCUCCUCAAUAUGAAAUUUCGAUGCUUGAUAAAUUGACCUAUGGGAAUGCAAUUAUAAGCACUGGUGUUGGGCAGUAUCAAAUGUGGGCUGCUAAGUUUGAUAACUAUAAGAAGCCUCACCAUUGGUUGACUUAUGGGGGAUUAGGGGCAAUGGGUUUUGGGUUGUUUGCUGCCAUUGGAGCUGCGGUUGCACAACCCAAUCCUGUUUUGGUAGAUAUUGAUGGUGAUGAAAGCUUUAUUAUGAAUAUCCAAGAGUUGGCAACCAUACAGGUGGAGAAUCUUCUUAUUAAGAUAAUGUUGCUGAAUAAUCAGCAUUUGGGUAUGGUGGUGCAAUGGGAGGACUGGUUCUACAAGGCUAACAAGGCUCACACUUAUCUCGGAGACCCAUCUCGAGAAUCUGAGAUUUUUCCAAACAUGUAGAGGUUUGCAGAAGCUUGUGAUAUACCCGCUGCCCGCGUCACAAAGAAGGGAGAUCUAAGAGCAGCAAUUCGGAAAAUGUUGGACACUCAUGGACCCUACUUACUGGAUGUAAUUGUACCACAUCAAGAACAGGUGCUUCCUAUGAUCCCAAGUGGUGGGGCGUUCAAAGAUGUGAUCGUUGAGGGUGAUGGCUGAUCUACAUACUAAUUUCCCGAGUAUUAUGUUUGACCUUUAUGCUUUGUAUGUAUGUUUUGAGUUAGCUCAGGCUUAGAGGUUUUUACUUCUUGAGUUAGUAGCUAUGUUGUCAUUUGCUUGGAUUAAACUUGUGCUUUUGCUGCUAUGUCAGAGUGUAAUAUUGAUACC